AUGUAUUUCUUGAUCCAGGGUGUCUUACAUGCAGCUGUAGGGUUUACGGUAAAGAUAGAGGGGUAUGAAUCCCUUGACCCGCUGAAUUACCGUGCAGUCACUAAUCGUACCGCGGGGUUUAAGUCGUUUUCUGAAGAUAAAUCUGUAGUCAAUGCAGGACUAGGAGCAGUGGGCUAUGCCAGAUCGCAGAAGAUAUGGAUCUGGGUAAAUAACGGGGGUCGUAAGCGCUCUGUGCCUCUUGCCUGCAGUUUCCUAUAUGAAAGGUCAUCAUGGAUUGAUUCAAGCGAGCACGUGCUUGGUGUGAGAAUUGUUGAUCUGCAUUGUAAUAUUAGGACAAAUUCUAAAUCACAACUUCUCGUGAUUAAUGUGUUGCGUGAAAAUUGGAGCCAAAAUCUGAGAAUCAGUGAGAACAUAGAGAUAUUAGCUGAAGGUUACGAACUUACUAUGGACGGAGAUAAGGGAUAUUCGUGA